CCUUAAUUCUACCACUACACUGUUAAAACCCUGCUGCGAGAACGACGACGAUUCUGUUGGCUUCAAUUUCAAUUCUCCGUCUCAUGAAAGAGCUACUAUAAAGGUACCCAGACAGACAAAGGCAGUCUCCAGGAACAACAACACGAAUGCCUGCUCAAAAAUAAAGUUCGAAUGCCACAAUAGUGGCGCUCCAAGCUACCGUGGGCACAAGCCAGUCACAUUUGGGCCGACCGAUACCAGCCAUGUCUACGGCGUCCUUAGCCUCAACGGGCAAAAAGCGCAAGGUUUCUCAUCUUGUCGACUUCUCCGACACUACAAUUGUCGUCCUCACGGUCGGACCCGAAAAGAAGCCCUACAACAUAUAUCGGGAGCUACUAUGCCAGCAUUCGCGAUACUUUCGCAACAUGUUCAAAGGCGAAUUCAAGGAAGCCAGCGAGAAGUCAACAAACUUACCAGACACGAGUUGCGAGACGAUUGAGGACGUGAUGCGAUGGAUGCACUCAGGCGUGCUGAAUGUGGAUACGCUUAGACGUGCUAGGCAUGAAGACGAGGACAAUGGUACUGAAACGGAGGAGGGCACAUCACGAAAUCGCGACGAGAAAGGAGAAGGCAAAGAUGACAAGGACGAUGACGGCGAUGCUGGCGAAUCUGAUGCCGGCGAAGGAGCAAGUGAUGACGAGGGCAAAGAUGACACUAGCAGCAACGGAGGCAUUGAAGACGAACUCGACGUCUUGUAUGCCGCUUACCUCGACAUCUACAUCUUCGCAGAUCAAUACGAUGUCCCCGACCUCCGAUUGACAACCUUGAAGACAUGGCAGCGACUAGACGUAGAAUCUCCAUCUAGAGAGAAACCGCUCGGUUCUCUAGUGAAGAGGGCAUUUGCAAGCCUUCCCGCGAAUUCGCCGCUAUGCAAAUACCUCAUAAGGUCUUGCGCGUACAGAUGGUCAACGCAAUGGAUCCAUGAGCAAGCCAGAUUCGAUCUACCUUAUAUUUUUAUGAUCGGAGUCAUGGCUGCCAACUCUCGUUCGAUCGGCCAGACUUCCAAAGCCCUUUUGACCAGCUGGUGCUGGUUUCAUGAACAUGGUACUAAAGUCAUUCCUGAUGAGUGCAUUGCUGAGAAGGAAGAGCUGAUGAAGACUCUAAACGAUGCCACGGGAAAGAAGGCGGAAGCUACGAAAGCCGAGCCUGUGAGGCCACAACAGAAUACUACUGCCAAUGCAGCAAUUGUACAGAAGAGGAGGAGGGUUUAAGCACACUCCUAAUCGGGAAGCACUCGCUUGACGCUUUCAUGAUCCUACAAUUUCAUAAAGUGCCAAAGGAGGACACAAUUAACGCAAGGAACGAGCACUUUCUGGACUCAAGAGGGCCAGCUAUAUGAAUGGUUCGGAUAUGUUCUAGGGUCUCAGUGUUUCCACGACAACGCCUCA